AUGAGUAUCAAAGCCAGCAGAACCAAUGCUUCCGCCAUUUCCCUUCCACAAUUGUUCACCCCCCCAGGGCCCCCGGCCCUCCCUCGACGUCCGUCAAUCCCCCAACUAGAACCCGACUAUCCGUCAGCCAUGAAAGCAGCCCAAAUAUCACCAAGGGCUCACUCAGCAUCCACUUCCCCAUCCCGUCAAUCACCUCCACGUCCAAGCCCUAUCCCCCACCAUCAGACCGGCGACUCUAUCCUAGCAGCCUCCCUUGCCUCCUCCAGGGUCGUCUCCUCCUCCCCCCGAAAACCGCCUGCACCGCCCGCACCCCGUCGCCGCCGAUCACUUCCUCCUCCACCAAAAAGUCUUCGCGAAACAAUGCGCAAACCCAGAACACCACCCGAGGAGCCAUCCCCUCACCGCAGAAACCCCCACCUCGUAAAGCACCCACACAAACACAGCGAAGGAGAGUGCAAACGCUGGCGACACUUUGUCACAGAGGCCGAACGGAAACGCUACGACGGUCUCUGGGCCGCCAACAAAGGUCUCCUGCUACCUACAUCGGCACCUCCACCUCCCCCACCCCGUGGCAGAGCCACAGCCCGUAACUUCAAUGAUGAGCAGCACGAAUGGAGCUCCGCUCCCACAUAUGCGGAGCCAUUAUCCGAUUGCGUCCACUCGCUGAUCGUGCGGGACAUAUGGCGGCGUGCUAGACUACCCGACGAUCAGCUCGCUGAGAUCUGGGAGCUCGUGGACCGGGAGGGAAACGCCAGGUUGAGUCGCGACGAGUUUAUUGUCGGCACCUGGCUGGUGGAUCAAUGUCUCAAGGGUCGGAAACUGCCUGCUAGGGUGCAGGACGAGGUCUGGGAGAGCGUCAGGAGGUUGGGUGUAAAGUCUUCGGCUGGGAAGGAAUGAUCGAUUGCGAGGAGUGGAGAUGGGAGUGGAGGGAAGGGGAGGCGGGAGGAAGGAAGAAAGGAGCCGUGAUACUGUACGUGGCACUAGUUGGCAAGACCUUGAGGUUAAUCAUUAAUUGGCCCGAGGAGUUCUUUUCACCAAACAGUAGCCUUUCUUUCAUGAUUGAAUAAACGAAUAGAUAAAA